UCCUUACAACAAGUAGUACAGAACCUCGUAUCACCACCGCUUACUGCAACCAGAGAGAAAGAUCAUUUUUACUGUUUAUAUUCCUUCAGUCUCAGCCCACAUCAGCUUUCCUCUCCUUUUCGCUGGUUUUGAGUAGAAUGAUCUGUUUAUGAAACCCCAAAGUAUGUGGGGAGUGUAGGGAUUGCGUUACUGUUUGCUACGUAUCGUUGAUUUUCGGAGUUCGGAGUAGAGGUCGGACUUUUCCGGAAAACGAAAAACAUUUAAGGCUGAAUUUGGAAUUUAAACUACGAUCGACAGUUGUUUUACAUCGCAAGACAAAUGGAUCAACCAGAGGAGGAGAUGGAGCAGAUCGCCACAUGGUUAAGGGAGGAGGGACUCACUCCUGACUCUGCAGAGGCUCAGCUGUGUUUGCUAUGGAGUGCCCUCCAGCGCACAAGAAGCCAUCUGAACAGUGUGACAUGGGACCUGGACACUCAGCGCUCACAACACUUAGCAGAGAUGGCAGAGGUACACAAGUCCUUGGAGCAGAUCCGAAUCUUUACAGAGCACAAAGAUGUUUUGGCGCAUGAGAUACAAGAUGAAAAUGAUCAACUUAAGGACCAGAUGCAACGCCUAAUAUCCCUUCAAGAUUCCCAGAUUAGCGAGGUGGCUAAGAUGCUGUACCAGCAGGGUCUCACAGAACUGAUUCACAGCAGCCCCAGUGAACAGGUGGCCUACCUCCUGGUGGAGAGAGCCUCCUUACUUGAGACGAGUGAGGGUCCUAGCAAUCUGAUGGGUAAUGGAAACAUACCCAGCCCACUGGGGAUCGAAGCGCAGCCACUGAACACCAGUGCACACCAGGGGGCAACUCGUCACAGCCAGAGCCCAUGGAAGAGACUGUUUGGACUCCACAGAGCUGCUCAAAGGAAACAUGCUUUUAUCCCUGCUGAGGCCAGACAUUUGGCUGGCCAGGCAAGCAGUUUGGACAGGGAGUGUUCCCGUCUGGAGCGGGACCUGGAAGAAGGCUCCCGCCGUCUGGCCAUGGCCCACAAUGAGAUCCGACGCUUGACUGAUGAGCUGGAGUCGGCUCAUUUGACCCAAAGAGCUUAUGAGCCUGAGCUUCAGGCAGCCCAGCAGGAGGUAGAGCAGCUGAGACAGGAAGUACAAAAACUGAAGAAAUGUGAAAUGGUGGAACUGCGAAAGGCCAAAGAGCUGAAUGAUCGUCUGGACCUUGAGAUCAGAGCACUGAGGACUCGGGUACGCACUCUGGAUGCUGAGAAAAACUCUUUACAGCAGACGGUGGUGUCUCUGCAGAGGGAGGAGGAGCGGCUGGACUCAGCACUACAGGAGCAACAGCAGGGGCAGGUCAACCAGGGUAAUGAGUUAGCUAAAGUGUUGCUUCUGCAGAGGGAGGUAAAGCGGCUGGAGUCAACCCUGCAGGAGCAUCAGCAAGCUGAGCAGGCUCAGAUCAACCAGGCUAAAGAGUUGGCUGAAGCAACUACAUUAAAUCUGAGCAAAGAGUUCAGCAGAGAUUUACGAGAUGAGCUCUGCGCCCAGUCGAGAUGCCUUUUGGAGGAGUCAGAAAUACUUUCCCUCAAACAGCAGCUGGAAACGUCUCAAAAUGAACUGGAUAACCUUAUUGCUGCCGUCUGCACCAAAGAAAACAAUCUUCAGAAGCAAAAGCUGGGUGAGCAAAAAGAGACGAUACACCGCACUUUGAAAACACUGACUGUCAGGUGAAAGAUGAUAAAGAACUACAGACACAAAAACAGCAGCUGCACAACAAGGAAAACACACUGCUUAAGGAGUCUCUAGAUAUUCAAGACACAGUGAAGACUCUGUUGGACAGGCGAGAGGAGUGCGAGAACCUCAAGAAGGAGAUCUGUGAAACCCUGAAACGCCUUGACAAAGAGCGGAGUAAAAAACAUGAAAUGAAGGAAAAGCACAAGGUGAAAUUGUUUCAAGCCAAACAGACACGUGAUCAUGAAACCAUGUGGCGUGACGAGAAGAUAAAAA